AUCUAAGAUCUACAUCAACUAGUCAUGACAAGCUUUAUCUCAAGCCGGCCAAGGCUUACUGGGGCACUUUGUCUAUUAACUAUCUUCCAAUGUCAAGCGCUUGUCGAAAUCUGAUUGAAGAAGGCAAAGUAUCUGGGCAGACACCUUUGGGAAUGAAUAAGUCACCACUAUUAUCUUCAUGGUCCGACCACAGCAACAAAACACACUGGGUCUCCUCAUUCGCAGCACUUCAAACCGAGAUCCCAAUCUCAUCGCUGGCAAAUUACGACACAUUUCACGGAAAGGAGGACGAAGUCAAAUCCGAGAAGAGCGACACAUGCAAUCUAGCCCAAAACCUCCUCGCCGCAUUCCUCAGCAACCCAGCAAUAGCACCGGAAAGAUGGCUCCUGGACAAAGACAUCCCACCACUUUCUUUUACCCCUGCAACUCUACUAUUUGGAAACUUGAAUAUCGGCGCAUUCCUCCUUGGGAGCUGGUCUUCCAUGAAGGGAAUCUCGAUCCAGCCAGACGCGCUCCCUCCAAACGUCCCAACACCCGUCUCUGAAUUCCCGUCGAACAGCGAUGUCCUCAACACUCGGACUGAUGGCGCCGGCACCGUGCUGUACUGGAUGUUCCCGCGCGGACUCGUCAAAUGCGUUGAUAGGGCCGCGUCGUACGGAAUGCCGUGGAGGAUCAUGGACGGUGGGUUCCAGGAGUUUAUCGUGGAGAAGGUAUCAGAGGAUACAGCGCGAGUGACGUGGGUGAUGGUUGAAUGUGCGGACCUCUACCCCGGAGGAAGUAAGGCAAGUGCGAGAAACUGUAAGAAGCUGCCGUGGAUACUCUAUGAGCUGCAUGUACUGUAUGCGCAGAUCCUUUGGUAUGGGACGCUGCGGCAGCUGGGUGUUUGAUUAAAUAAUUGAAUAAGACAAUCAACUCCGCUCAUACUGCGCCUCGCAUUUCCGAAGCCCUGGACGGGGGUGUGGGCAAAUGCUCUCCUCGAACCCAAUGGCUGCAUCAGCACCGCGUGACCUGUCUCCGCUUUGAGCAAUGAUAGAUUCCAGUCUCGCAACGAUAUCUUGCAUGUGCGCACCGACCCAUAUGAUGGCACGCCUUGUCCGAUAGUUGAGUACAUCAAACAACCCGAUGCUUCCCACUCUUUAACAUAAUCGACACCUGCUGUGGAAGGACAUUCAAAAAGCCACUCCCCUGAGUAGACCAGUUUUCGUGGCCUUUCUCGACAUUAAAGAUGGUCUCUCCGCAUCCAACCAGACAUGGUUUCGCUCGUAGUUCUCCUGCGGGGUAUAAUGUAUCGGAUGGACGAUGCUCGACCUGUCGAAAGUUAACAAAGUAGAAGGAGAAAGCAAGUCGGGGUUGAUACUAGUGUCUCUCGUUUCGACAGUGUGCUCGUGUCAGACAAGUCUGCUCCACACGCGGCCUCUCAGGCAAUUUUUCUAAGCAACCAGGUGACGAAAUAUUCACGUUUGGAUGGCAUGUAGCACUCUAGGAAGGUGCGCGGACUGCAUGCACUCGUUCCCAAGUUUGUUGCCAGGCGUGGGCCUCGUUCUUUUUCUUCCUCGAAGUAGCUUAUGGCUGACCGUGGUGUUGAACGAGGGCUGGUAAGAUGGCUUGCAUCAAAUCAGCAAAACCGCUUUUCUCCCGAUUUAUCGUGUAAAUGAGGCACCUUUAUAACAUGUGCUUCACUAUGUUAUACACUCUUCCAGAAUCAUCAUAUUUCUAUUGGUUAUUUCCUCCCCGUCUGGGCCCAGUUUGUCCAAUUGCUCCAAACAUGCUCCCGAAAACGUUGGAAUCUUGCAGCGGUCGCUAUAACAUAGGGCUUGGCAACACCUUGUGCACCUGGUAUACAAGACACAGCAGCAAGGGGUAUAUUUUAUAUUGCUCGUUUGGCGCAUGCGUCAGCGCAAUAUAUUUUUCUAUUUUGUUGAAAGGUCCAGCGUUCGAUUCGCCUGGGGAUUUUUAUUUAUUCAUCCGGGCCGGCAUUGGACUUGACGGAGUUGCAUCAGGAACGAGGUAGGCGUUGGUUGCGGGGUUGGUUGGACGAUGCUCUGACUGGAUUGCUUGAUUUAAGAGUUGACUUGUACUAGGGAAUAUCAAGAACGACUAAUAGCUAUUAAUCAAAACAAUAUAAUUCUUUCCCUAAAAAUAGGGGAAAAGCAAAAAAACAUACAACAGUAGGGAUUCGCCUGUGGUCACCCACCAUACUACUAACCUACCGGCGUGUGGCUUACGCGUGGCCAGAAGUUGGGUGGGUGCGGCCCGGGUGAGAUUAGGGUGAGGCCGCUUUAUGGUCGCGCGAUUUGGGGUGAGACGCGGGUGAGCUGGGCGCCACAAAAUCAGCGCUAGAAUGUUGCUGCCUGGGGAUGGAUGUUGCGCUGCUUGAUCAGUCACGAGAAACCGGAUGCUCGACCAGAAGCCUUGGUGCAAUAAGCUUCGACGACAGGGAUUAAUUGUGUUUGCAAGCAACAAGUGUCGGCAUGGGUGCCUCAGGCAUUCAGCGGCCGUAGCGUAUGGUCACGUGGCGCACAACCACCACGAUAACGCCGCUCGGUCUUCCCUAGAUAGGAAAUACCAAGCGUUCUAUCCAGUCAACAAGUCAGGAAACUUGAAAGUAAAAGUACCGUAGUAUCUUCUCUUGCACUCGCAGAUCUAAUCCCUCAUCCUUGAGAUGGCGCACAGCGACCCUGAUGAAAGGCAAAUUUACCUAGCCUGCCAGCACAUUUUUCGCGGCCCCAACUCCAUGGUCCGCGAGCGGAAGUAGGUGAUGAGCUUGAUCCAACGGUACCAGCCUGCCCCAACAAAUAUUCUUCGAGAAUAUAAUAUCGACCGCACAUGUAAUGUUGCCAAAG